UAAACUCUGCAGGACACCGGCCCUCCAGGACCGAGUUUGGACAGCCCUGAUUUAUACAUUAUAGCAAGCUCAGUUUAAGUGACUUUGUGUGUAAUCAGUGAAUACAGAAUCUCAGUUAUAUCACUGGAAUGCUAAAGGAAGAUGAUGAGGACUUUGAGGAAGAAGAUGAGGAAGAGAACCGAGCUGCAAACAGAGGGAAAAUUUCAGCUGUCCUUUCUGUCAUAUCCAGUGUUGUGUCUGGUUUUCUCAGGAACUGGAUUUGUCUGAAAGCAUCAGAGAUGUUAAAUGUACCAUCUCAGUCUUUUCCGGCAGCUGGGUCCCAGCAGAGAGUCGCACCAACCGGACAGUCCAGAAAUAAGGUGGCGCUAAAGCCAGGUCACAGUCUCCUGGACUGGAUCCGACUGACCAAGAGUGGACGUGAUCUGACUGGACUGAGAGGUCAACUGAUUGAGGUGACAGAAGAGGAGCUGAAGAAACACAGCACCAGAAACGACUGCUGGACCUGCAUUAGAGGUAUGGUCUAUAAUGUGAGUGCCUACAUGGAUUUCCACCCUGGUGGGGAAGAGGAGUUAAUGAGGGCUGCUGGGAUUGAUAGCACUGACCUGUUCGAUCAGGUCCAUCGGUGGGUGAAUUAUGAGUCUAUGCUGAAGGAGUGUCUGGUGGGGAGGAUGGCAGUGAAGCCCAACCCUGCUCUUCAAGCUCAGACAGAGAAGACUGAAAGCACUCACAUGAACGGUUUGCCUGUUUCUUCACGUUUAAGACAGGAGCCUUUACCUACUCCUCUCCCUGCCAAAGAUCAUCGCCCUCGGUAUGAUUGGUUCCAGACAGAUGGAACUGUCAAUAUUGUUAUUCACACCAAGCGAAAGAUUCCCAGCGCCGGCUGUGCAGUGGUGGAUCUACAGGAUGAUAUUCUUCAGGUGGAGAUGCUCUUAGGGAAGAUGUCGUACCUUCUCUACUGGCGCCUGUCCAGUGAAGUUCAAGGACGUGUGGAUGUUCAGACAGCCCACUCUGUAGGAAAAGUUCAGGUGUGUCUCCACAAAUCUGUCAAAGAUAAGUGGACGAAAGUGGGGCAACCACUUGAACACCAUGACACAUUUAUUCAGUGUAAAGAUCGUGAGCUCUUCUACAGGGAAUGCGUGUUGGUUUCGAAAACAGACAUCACACAUGACACGCAGGUCUUGCGAUUACAACUUCCAUCAGGGUCACAUAUGCAAGUUCCUGUGGGGAGACACGUCUACCUCAAAACCUCUCUCCAGGGUACAGAUGUUGUGAAACCUUACACACCAGUGGAUCAAAAGCUAAUACCUCCCUCACAAUGUAGUGCUGAAAUGGGCUCAGACUUACAUCUCAUGAUAAAGAUCUGUCCUGAUGGAUUGUUGACCUCACAUCUCGCCAACCUCCCUAUUGGAUCCUCUCUGUCAGUAGGCGGUCCGGAGGGAUCCUUCACUAUGCGUGUUCUGCGUGAUGUCACUCAUCUCUACAUGUUAGCGGCCGGCACGGGUUUCACACCCAUGGCUCGUCUCAUACGGCUGGCUCUUCAGGACCUCACAUCAAUCAGAAAAACCAAGCUGAUGUUCUUUAACCGUCAAGAGAGGGACAUACUUUGGUGCUCUCAGCUGGAUGAACUUUGUUCAAAAGAGGAAAGGUUUGAGGUGGAGUACGUUCUGUCGGAGCCUACAGACUCAUGGAAAGGCAGAAGAGGGCAGAUAGAUGCUUGUAUGCUGCAAAACUUCCUGGAGAGACCAGAAGACUCCAAAUGUUUAGUGUGUGUGUGCGGCCCAACUGGAUUCACAGAGUUAGCAGUGCAGUUGGUCAGACAGCUGGACUUCAGUGAAGAGGAAAUUCACAUUUUUCAGGGCUGAUUGGGACUUUGAAGUGAAAGAUGGAUUUCGCAUACACAUACUUGCAGACUAUCUCUAUGCAUAUAAAAUGCACUUUCCAGUCAAAACAAAAAGCUGUAACACCGUUCUACUAUAUCGUCUUAUAAUUUGUAGAAAUCUAAUGCCACAAUCAGAAGCCUGCACUGAGACACAUCAGAAGUUUGUUUCUUAACAUUUAUUUUUAUUUUUUUCCCAUUUGAACAAUGCAGAAUAAUUCUGCUAGGUUUGUUUUUGCAAUGAAAAAGAUAAGUUAUGUUUUCUGCAUUUGUUUUUCAUAUUUAUUCAUGACAUGGAAGAUUUAGAGCACUUUGUGUAAUGCAACUAAAACAUAAUUGAGGAAGCAAUCCAUGCAACUGAUUUUGUUGCUGUCUCUCUAUAUAGCAAAUUGAAAUGGUCAGUAAGUCAGGAUGCAAGAGACGGGUUACUUUACAAGUAUAGCUAUUGCUGUUUGGAAAUGCUAAUCUGACUGCCUAAUUAAUAAGGUUUCCCAGUGUGUGUACAGAUAAUAUUCUAAUAUAAUAAAUUAUCUACCUGGAAUGCAAUUCCCUACAGAAAUGUAUAUUUUGUGCCUCUAGUGCUGUUGUGUCUCAGCUGAAAUCUGUAAACGUGUAUGACAAGCCUGAUGUCAGUUUAGAAAAGUUUCAUUGGGUAAAAAAACUAUUAUAGCAAAGCACUUUCUGUUAUACCAGCAAACCAGGUUGCUCUGGAAAUGUAUCUUCAUGCAUUGUUUAUUGCAUGAUACUUUGGAUAUUAUGUGUUUGAUACAUUGCAGUCCAAAUAUUUAUUUCUUGAAGAAAGCUCUGAAAUGUGAUUGACUGUAAAAACUGAUCAUUAUUUGACUGGUCAACCACUGAUGGCUUCCAACAGAGAACUUGAACAGGAUUGUUCUAUCAGUGCUCACACUCAAGGGGAGGAUGGGAUGUGGCACUAAGCUGUAAGCAGCAAGAAAUUGAAUUAAAUGGUUAAAACAAAA